AGUUUGGCAUUUGCUAUGCUAUGGAUAUGAGUAUAACCUUAACGUAAGCUACAAACACUCAUCUCAGAUAUUUUAUAUUGAUAGUUGUAUAAAAAAGUGGUGAAAGUUUUAAUUUUUAUACGCCAGAAUGGCGCCAGCAAAAAGAGGAGCGGCGGGUGAUACAGAUUCUGGAUCAGAUUCUGACAGUGGCUCUAGUGCUAGUCGCAGUAAGAGCCCUAGUCCUGCACCAUCUGGGAAAGAAGGCAGUCAAUCUAGAUCAGUUUCUAGAAGUCCACCAAAAUCAGCAAGCGAAUCUCCUAAGUCUAACAGGUCAGGCCGAUCAAGGAAAUCUUCAAAUGCAUCAAAUGCUUCUCGCAGUAAAUCAAACUCUCCAGCUCCAUCAAAUAGAUCUGGUUCAGCUCAUAGUAACAAGUCUGGAUCUUCAAGUCCUAAAUCUCAGACAUCAGGAAGUCCAAGAGCUUCAAAAUCUAGAUCUAGAUCUAGAAGUGGGUCUGGAAGUGCUAGGUCACGAUCUGGUAGUGCUCGUUCGCGGUCAGGCAGUCCAAAAUCUGGAGGUCAGAGUCCAAAGUCACGAUCACAGAGUCCUAAAUCUAGAUCACAAAGCCCCAAAUCUAGAUCUCAAAGUCCAAAAUCCAGAUCACAAUCUCCUUCUCCAAGUCAUAAAUCUCGAAGUGCUAAAAGUCGAUCCCGCUCUGUUAGUGGUAGUCCAAAAAGUAGAAAAUCUAGAUCACGAUCAGGUAGUGCUUCUUCGAGAUCAAAAAGUCCUGUAGCUAGACAGGAUGUUGCCGAUAGCAGAUCAAACUCGCCAAACUUGAUGAUUGAUGAUGAUGAUGCUAAAGAAAAAUCUAAAAGUAGAUCAAGGUCAGGUUCCAGGCACUCCAAGUCAAGAUCAAGGAGUAAAUCUAAGUCUAAAAGUCGAUCAAGAUCUCGUUCUAAAAGCUCCAACCCUUCUGAUGGUGAAGGUGAAAAGAAAAAACGAGCAGUUUUAUCAGAUUCAGAGAGUGAUGUUGGGUCAAAACGUAAGAAGGGAUCGGAUAGUGGUUCGGAUACCAGUAAUAAGCCUACUAAGAAAAAGUCCAAGAAGCUAGUCGAUUCAGAUGAUGAAAAUCAAGAAAAGACUGACACUGUCACAGCUGAUGCGUUGUUUGGUGACGCUUCUGAUAUCAGUACGGAAGACGAGGGUGACGGUGAUAAGCAGUCAGAAAGGUCGCGAUCAAGAUCACGCUCGCGGUCUCGCAGCCGCAGUCGAGGUAGAUCUGACGACGAGAGGCGGUCCGGUGAUGAAGCCAGGGGAAGCGGUGACGAGGAAGCUAGAGAUAAACCAGAAGAAGAAGAAGAAGUGGAAAUUCCAGAAACUCGCAUCGAUGUAGAUAUGCCAAAGAUAUGGACAGAAUUAGGAAAAGAGCUACAUUUUGUAAAACUACCUAACUUUCUGUCAGUUGAGACUAGGCCUUAUGACCCCAGCACAUAUGAAGAUGAAAUAGACGAAGAGGAAACACUGGACGAAGAAGGUCGAGCAAGAUUGAAAUUGAAAGUAGAGAACACAAUGCGUUGGCGAACUGUUUUUGAUAAAGAAGGCAAUGCAGUUAAGGAAUCAAAUGCUCGUAUGGUGAAAUGGUCUGACGGCAGUAUGUCUCUGCAUCUCGGUUCAGAAAUUUUUGAUGUUUACAAACAACCGUUACAUGGCGACCACAACCAUCUGUUCGUCAGGCAGGGAACAGGUCUGCAGGGGCAGGCGGUGUUCCGCACCAAGCUCUCGUUCCGACCCCACUCCACGGACUCCUUCACUCACCGAAAGAUGACGCUGUCGGCCGCGGAUCGCUCCACCAAGACGUCGGCCAUCAAGAUACUGUCACAAGUCGGAAGCGACCCCGACGCGGAUAGGAAGUACCAGCUGAAGAAAGAGGAGAUGGAGCUCCGCGCCGCGAUGCGCUCGCGCGCCAGCGGGCGGCCCAAGCGGCGCGCGGCGGCGCGGGCGGCGCGCCACGACGACUCGGAGGACGAGGGCGGCGUGUCGCUCGCCGCCAUCAAGAACAAGUACAAGCAGGGCCAGAAGGCGACAGCCGGUGCUGCGAUUUAUUCGUCUGAAUCUGAUGGUUCAGACGUGGAAACACGUCGGGCGAGACGACUGGAUAGGGCGAAGGCUCUGAAGGAUUCUGACGACGAAGGGAGUGAAGCUGGAGACGCAAACACCCCCCAGAGAAGUCAGAGUGGGUCGGGUUCGGGCAGUGGAAGCGAGUAGAUACGAAAAACAGACAAGAUCCUGACGAAUGUAUAUAGUAUGAUAGGAUAAGAAUUAGAUGUAAAGUUUAUUGAUACCAGUUGAAAAUAAAUUUAUUAUUUACUCAA